AUGUAUUUUAUCAAUGGUAGUACGUAUUAAGUAGGUACCUCUACACAAUACACUUACAUGCUGAUAUCAGUACAUAUCAUUCGUGUUUAGAUCAUUAAAUUAAUCGUUUAACAACCAAUGACGUACAAAUAGGUACGUACCUUAUACGGAUACCUCAUGACUUAUUGUACAUUGGUAUAUUUGUAAAUAAUAUUGGGUAGGUAUAGUCUACUACACACGCAAAUACAAACACAAAAAUAAUAGGUAACGGUACCUAUAUGCCUACCUCUAAUAAUUUAUAAUAAUAAUUAUAAUACGUAAUUAAUUAUCACAUAUUGGUCUGGCGAAGAAUUGUACGUAUUGAUACAUUAAGUAGGGUUCCUGUUUUUCGCCGGUCCGUGUCCAACGAAUCAAAAUCGCCCGGCGAGUCGUUUCACAAAUAGCCAUGCUGUCAAAGAAAUGCAUCAAGUACGUUUGCUGGACGUUGCUGUUCGCGUUUGUGUUCCUUGGACUGCCAAAAUUCUGUUCGAGCCACGGACACCAUCACCACCAUGAUCACGAUCAUGACCACCAUACAGCCAAGCCCGUGUCUGCACCAACCGUCGACUCAAUGCUGUGGAUCAAAGCGUUGUCAUCUACCGUGGCUAUUAGUGUGCUGCCGUUUUUUGUGUUGUUCUUCAUACCUAUCAAUAACAAAGACGAACACAAGUCGUGUCUGAAGGUACUCUUGAGUUUUGCGUCUGGUGGAUUAUUAGGCGAUGCAUUCCUACAUUUAAUCCCACAUUCAUUGUCCACACACCACCACCACGAUCAUGGUGAUCAUCACCACAGUAAUGAUGACCACCACCAUGAUCAAGAUCAACACUGCAGUGCUGAUUCACAUAGUUCAGAAGGUGGCCAUGACCAUGACAACGAGAUUGGAGUGGGAUUGUGGAUCCUAGCCGGCAUAUUGGUGUUCUUGUUUGUCGAGAAAAUGGUUAGAGUGGUAAAAGGUGGGCAUAGCCAUUCACAUUCGUCUGUACGCCCUAAAGAAAAGUUAAGUGAUGAUGAAGAUGAAGAUAAUGACAAAAAUGAGCUACUUCCAAUGCCAGAACAAAGUUUAUCAGUAGCUGGAUGGUUAAAUGUUGUUGCUGAUUUUACACACAACUUUACCGACGGACUUGCCAUUGGUGCUGCAUAUUUAGCCGGUCAAAAUAUUGGUAUAGUCACAACAAUAACAGUAUUAUUUCAUGAAGUCCCACAUGAAAUUGGAGAUUAUGCAAUUUUAAUUCAAGAAGGUAGUUCUAAGGCAAAUGCUAUGAAAUGUCAGUUAUUAACUGCAGUAGGUGCUAUUUGCGGAACAUUAGUGUCAUUGACGUUUGGAAAAGAUAGUGAAGCUGCAAAUUCAUGGGUACUACCAUUUACAGCUGGUGGUUUCAUUUAUAUUGCAACUGUGAACGUAAUACCAAGUCUUUUGGAAGACUCGAGUUUCAAACAGUCUAUUAAAGAAAUUUUAGCUUUAUUAGUGGGAGUUUACUUAAUGGUUCUUGUUGCUAAAUAUGAAUAAAAAUAACAGCUUUAUGUAGUUUAUUCGACUGAAGUCACAUCCAUAUGUCAUGUUGGCACAUAUUUAUUUAAUUUAACAAGAAUACAAUUCUUAUUGUUUUAAAUUUAAUUUUUGCAAUUUGUUUAAAAUUUCAUUUAAUAAAAGAAAUCAAUACCUAUAAAAUUAUGUAAUGUAUAUUGGUUUCUUAAUCAGAUGAUUUCUGUUAAGAUUGUGUAAUACCCAUGAACUGAUAUGUGAUAAUGUUUUAUAUUUAUAUUUCAUCAUUUUAUUGUGAUUUCAAAAUAAUGAUGAAUUUAAUUUAACAAUAAAAAAAUAUAUUUUAUUGGGCUUAAAUCAGUUACAGAUUAUUGAACUAGAUAGUUAUUUUUAAAAAAUAAAACAGAAAUCAAAUCGAUUUUUCUUAAUUCUGUAUUUUUAAAAAUCCCUUUUAGAUAUUUGUAACAGUAUUAAAUAAUAUCACAUCUACUAAAAAGAAACUGGUUAUCUAGUUUAUAUGGUGCAUAAUAACAAUGACCAGCAAAUAUAUUAAAUGUAUUAUAAUAAUAUACUUAAUUUAAAGAAAUAAAUAAGUUUAAGAUGACUAGGUAAUAUUCAUUUUUCAAAGAUUUUUAAGAUGUUUACAAAUGAGCCAUUUUUAUAAUAAUGUAUCUACUGUGCCUUUUUUAUCGAUUACUAUUUUCAUAUGUCAUAAAUAAAAUAUAAAAACUACCAAUGUUUUCUAAAUUAUUAAUGCAGGUAUUGUUACAAAUGAGAGUUCUAAUAUGUUUGAAAAUAAAAUAUCAAAAUUGUAUGACCAUUUAUUGUAUUACGUUAUUGAAACGCUGAUGUAUUAUUUGAAUAAUUAUUGUAAUUUUGUUACGAAAUUAAAACACAUAUUUUAUGAA